AUGCUCAAGACUACACUACUACCAUUAAUCCUCUUUCCAAUCUAUACUCUUUCUAUUCCACCUCCUUCAACCAUUAGGACGAUUGCCCCACCAGACGGGAAAAGCUUGGUGUUGGGCAAUGGAACUAUCAUACCUGUCGGGAUAAGUGACAUGGGUGAUCAUAACACGUACUUUGGCCUCCGGCGCAUCGUCAACAUCACCGUCAACGCUCCCAAUGGUACCACGAUAGCAUCCGUAAUCGAGGGCAAGUUAGAAGAUUGCAGGCUCUUUCCAGGCGUAAAAGUAACAACCUUGGCAAAGGUGGAUCAGGAAGGAACCUACACAGCACGCUGGAAUAUCACAUACGCCAUCACGACUUCCCCUGAGCAAAUCAACACUACUAGUUGCGGUCCAGAACCAUUGUCAUUCCAGAAUUUCACCCUCGAAUCGACCUUUAAAGUAACCCUGAGUGGGGCUGCAGCAGAAUCAGUGACGGUAGCAGAGGGUACUGCAACGCGUACUCUCAGUAGUCAACCCACUGGAUCGGUCAAUGGCGGCUUGGCCACCAUGCGGGCUUCUCAGUGUGCGGUUGUAAUUAUUAUGAUUAUGUUCGCUGGGGUUUUGGCCUCAGUAUUCUAG